CAGAAAUCAGCAAAAAUACACCAGAUGACCAAACUUACAUCAGUCUGACGUCCAACUGUUUGGUAGCGAUGGGAAGGGAAAAUCUGAAAUUCAGAGCAAGAGCAAACAAUGACAUUAACAUUGCGAUUAGUACCGACGAUUGUGACAACUGUGGUACACACUAUGAAAUCAUCUUUGGAGGAUGGGCAAAUACAAAAUCUGUCAUCAGAUAUGGUAUAGGUGGUACAGAAUGUGACUCACACAGCCAGACUAUUCUGGACCAAACUUUCUUCGACGAGUUCUGGAUUUCAUGGUCCGGGAAUUAUAUCCGUGGGGGCACCGGUAGUACAGUCGGUAGUAAUAUUAUCAUGAGUUGUACACGUUCCACUCCUUUCGGUGCCAAUUAUAUCUUGAUCAGGACAGGAUGGGGUUCAGGUGGUGAAUGGAGAUUUCAAAACGACGUUGCUUGCAUACAGGGAAAAAACAGUAAUGUUGACAUCACUGCUGACAAAACUGGCUGCUAUGAAGUGAGCACAUACGCAUGUGCAUCUGGAUACAAACAAACUGCAGGAAACACACAACGUACCUGUGGGUUUGGGCAGAUUUGGUCGGGAUAUCCCUUGGUCUGUUCAGUUUCAACUUGCAAAAUUGACAUUUUGGUCAUCAUCGAGGCAUCGUCAUAUACGUCCUCCAUUUACUCAGCGUUAGUAUCGGCCAUUGGCGAUUUAGUAGGAGCGUUGAAAAUUUCAGCGAGUGAUAUACAAGUUGGGGUUAUAACCUAUGACGACACAGUAGAUCAGAAUAUCAAGUUUAAUGCCUUCUCUUCUGCAUCAUCGUUAGACAGUGCUAUUACGUCAUUAUCAAUAUCAAGUGCUUCUUCGUCUGUUGACUUGGCCGAGGCUUUGCGAGUCGGGUUUUACGAGUUCUUUACAUUGUCCAAUGGAAACAGAUUCGAAGCUUACAGACAUUUUGUUCUUAUCGCUAAAACACAUUCUCAGAAUGGUUCAGUUGUGGCGAAUGCUAUUCGACAAAUUUCCAAGAAUGAGAUUUUUACAAUCGGCAUUGAUCCUUCCUCAUCUUUGAUCACUGACCUUAAGGCAAUCGCUGGAGAUGACAGCAGGUACUGGCAAGUGAGCUCCUCAGCAGAUCUAUAUCCUAAAUUCAAUGAUAUUCUACAAAAAAUCGCUGUUUGUCCAACAACAGCUCUCCCUGAUCCCGUGACAGUAGACUGCAAACUGGACAUUGCGUUUAUAGUUGAAAGCUACAAUAUGCGUUUUUCAAAGACAUUUUUGGCAGGAUUGAUGGAGGAUAUUCCAAUAUCUUCUAAUGGGGUAAGAGUGGGGUUUGUAACAUAUGAUUCCGGGGCAUCAAAGGAGUUUGGGCUUACGUCGUACACAACAUCUGAGACCAUCAGAGGAGCAAUUGAAAAUGUGCCCGACAAAACUAGAUCGGAUCACUUUGUGUACGAAGGCUUAAUAAAAGCUCGGGAUAGCGUGUUCACGGCCACUGAUGAUCGUGAAGAUGCCAAUAAUCAUUACGUUUUUGUUGUGGGACCAUUUUACAGUGAAACGGCUGCUGUUUCGCGUGAAAUCAGGGCCAGUGGAAAUAAUUUUGUCUUUGCAGCUCAUAUCGGUUCAUCUUUUCAAUCUGAAUACCAGGAAUCUGUUGAUUCCUGUGGCAACUACACAAGAUACACCAAUGCCGAUUCAUAUGAUAACCUGGUCAACAUCAGACAACAGUUUAUACAGAAGAUUACUUCAUGUGAAGCAAUAAUUGAAAUAACUCAAGAUUGCAAAAUUGACAUAGCUUUCAUAAUUGAUGAUACAGACACAGUAAGUGCCUCUCAAUUCCAGGAAAUGAAGACCCUUCUUGUCAGUCUUGUCACCAAAAUGGUAAUUGGUGAUAAUGCGAUAAAAGUAGGUGUUGUGACCUUUGGUGACGGAGCCGCAACCGCUUUUCCGCUCAAGCAGUAUUCAACUGCUUCAGACCUGAGGAAUGCUACUAAGAAUCUUGCCCAAGGAAACCCAACGUAUAGUAGAAAUCGGCGUUGUGUAGAAAAAGCUAUCACAUACACUCAGUGGGACUUCUUUACUACAAAAAACGGAGACCGUGCUGACGCAAAGAAUUAUUAUGUCGUACUUACGUAUGGGGAAAGCUUCAUUUAA